AGACUAGUUCGAGUAGCUCAGUGCGUUGAGCCCGGUCGAGCUUGGCUUGCUGAGUAGGGACAUGAAUGAAUCAUAGCAACGUGAUUUUAACAAUUGCCUUAUAGCAAGGUGGUUAAAUAUCGUUCGGUCAAAUUUAGGUUAUUGUGGCGAACGAAAGUCUUUCCCAUCAUUUGUUUUGAAAAAAUAACAGCAAACGUGAGAAUUCGGAAUGCUUAAUUUGAGGCUAACAUUAGCAUUCCUGGCUAGCUUGCUAACGUUAGCUAGCUAACAAGUCUAAUAAACUAAAUAUUAAGUAACUAGCUGAGAAUGCUGAAUAAGUCAGAAAUGUUAUUUUGUAAAUCGAAGUUACGUAGAUAACAUUUGUUGGGCUAUAUAUAGUUAUUACAGCCAUCGAUAAUAGCGAAUAUAGCUACCCUAUUUAAGUGUGGAUUAAUUCGUGUAAGCGUCUGGCAUGAUUGUUAUCUAGCUAGGAAACUCAAUUGCAUUAUUAAGAGUUUGCCACUCAAGCUAGAUCCGUGGUCAAAACGCACAAUUUCGAUUAGUCUGUCAAUAUGGAUCUUAAUUUUUAUUCUGACCUCUCUGAUGGCACUGGUCAAAACGUUGACCCGGAAUUUUUGGAAACGCAGGCUUAUAAUGGAUAUGACCCUGUUAACAAGUUUCCAGGAGGCAGUGAUACUUACCUUACCAUCUCCGGGGCAAGUCAUCCUUUUCUCUCUUCUGAGCAGACAUUCCAUACUCCCAGUCUUGGUGAUGAAGUGUUUGAGAUCCCUCCCAUCUCCCUGGACCCAGACUCGGCCAUCAGUGUGGGAGACGUGGUGUCCCAUUUUGGGGUGCUGUCAGGGGGAGCAGGAGGUCCCUCUGGGGUUGGAAGCCUUGCAAGGAAUGCUGUAGUCGGGGGCAAUGACCCCUCCUUUGCAUCCACCUAUGUGAACCCUAACUCUCAGGGCCUGGAGCACUUGAGCUUAGGGGUGAUGAGCCAGCCUGGAGGGGGGGCCCUGCUCAGUUCAACACUGGGGGUGGAACUUGGCCACUCCAUUGGCUCCCAUUUCAGCAACUCCUCUCCAAUGACCAUCGACGUCCCACUUGGUGACAUAAAUCAUGGACUUUUGGGACACAACCAACUGACCACUAUUGACCAAUCAGAGCUGAGCGCUCAGCUUGGUCUUGGCCUUCACGGGGGGAACAUUCUUUCUCGUUCUAAGUCACCUGACCAGCUGUCUGCUACACCCUCCCCAGCUGGCUCCCUCCACGAUGAUGACAUUGAUGACUUCAGGAGCGUGCUUGUCGACUCCCCGAUGUCCAUGUCCGUCUCCUCUGUCGUACUCCCCCAACUGUCUUCCAUGCCGGGCUCCUCCCCCAUGCUCUCAUCCCCCAUGUCCCCUGUCCUGGUGAGGCGUGUCGGGGGCAAGCCAGCCAUGGUGGCCGUUACAGCAGGACCCGGAGGUGGAAAGAAAGGGAAGAAGAAGAAAGACCCCAACGAGCCCCAGAAACCAGUCUCUGCCUACGCCCUGUUCUUCAGAGACACCCAGGCGGCCAUCAAGGGCCAGAACCCCAACGCCACGUUUGGGGAGGUGUCCAAGAUAGUGGCCUCAAUGUGGGACAGCCUGGGGGAGGAGCAGAAACAGGUGUAUAAGAGAAAGACAGAAGCAGCGAAAAAGGAGUACCUAAAGGCACUGGCAGCUUACAGAGCCAGUCAGCUGUCACAGCCCACCAUUGAAGUGAUGGACACAUCGUCUUCACCACCGCCGCCUCCUUCAGUGCCUGAGCCAGCGACUGUGGCACCCCUGACACCUGCCCGGCCCUCACGGCUCCCGCAGCACGUCUCGGACCAGAACACCAUUACCAACAUCUGCGCCUCCAACAUAAUCCUGGACGUCCCCCAGGUCACCACGCGCUCCCGCACCGGAGCUCACAAGCCCCCCUCCCUGGGCCCCAGCAACGCCCCCAUCCCUACCCUGACCCUGACCACCACCCCCACCAUCACCAAGAUCAUCAUCUCCAAGCAGAUGCUGCAGGCCGGGGCUCAGCUCCACCAGAUCCCCACCUCCAUGGUGACGGUGCUCCCGGGUGGCGUGCGCACCCUGCAGCCCGCCGCCCCGCGCCAGCCCCCCCCUCUGCAGCAGAUGCAGCACGCCCCUCCUCCCCCGCGGCUCCAGCAGAUGGUACACUCCCCUGCCCCGCCUCCGCUCCAGGCCAAACCCCGCGGAGGACACGCCGGGCAGGGCCUUCCGGCGUCUAUCACAGCCACACCUCCCCCUCCACUACAGAUCAAGAUUGUCCCGGCUUCUUUGCAGGCAGACACCUCCUUGCCGAUUAUUGUCACGACAACAACAACCGCCAACUCUGUCCUAACCACAACUGUGCCUACGUCAACAUACUCCACCCCAAUAGUGGCUCCGCGGUUUGCCAAGUCCAAUGAUUUGACGACCAGCGCGGACGAGGAUGCGGUUAUGGAAGAGUUUGCGCCAGGAGAGAUGGAAAUGGAGUUGAGUGUGUCUCCGUGUGCUGCUGCUUCAGGCCCACGGACUCAGUGUGUCCGCGCUGGAUGCACCAACCCGGCAGUAGAGAGCACCGACUGGGACAAGGAGUACUGCAGCAAUGAAUGUGUCGCCACUCACUGCAGGGAUAUCUUCAUGGCCUGGUGCUCCAUCAGGAAUCAGAACACCAUGGCUGUCAAGUAAAGACUAAACCCAGACAAGGGGACAUUGUGAUUGUCUUGUUGGGUCAGAGGGUGAUAAAUGUGGUCCUGUGGUAAGAAUGGGUCAACAAAAUACAUGGGAUUCAUUUAAAGAUUCAUGCACAGUGGAGACAGCCAGGAUAAAAUGUGUGGGAAGAGUGACGUUUUGUAUUCAGUAUUUUAUUGUUUAGAUGUGCAUACCUUUAAACAGGUAUAUUACCACUCUGAUAGUUUCAUGAGAGGGUGUAUACUAUAUGAAGGGAUCUGACAUCAGAGGGAUUCCAGUGGGCCCUGCUCCAGAGGGUACAUGGAAAGAUUGUGUCACAAUUGACACAUGUUCUUUGAAAUCUCUUUUCAAAUAGUUUUUUUUAUCAUUUUUCUGAUUAGCCAAAAGACGAAUUAGUGACGCAAAUAUCAGAAUUGGGCUGCCCAUAUUCCUAAAUAUUUGGAUGAAUAUAUUUGAUACCCAUAUUUUGUUGAUUGCCUAUAUUCUUUUGAAAAACAUCAGUGUCUCCUUUUAGAGAAACUGAGUCAGGAAAACAAAAAAAUUAUAAUAAUAUUCUGUGAAAUAUUGAAAAUAUCAGAUUAUGGAAAUUGGUGUAUCAUGCAACACCUUGUUUCUUUUUACAUGUAGCUUGGGGGCUUCUAGGACUGAGAUACUUUAUUAGUUUAUUGCUGCAAAAGGAAGGUUCACUGGGUCCAGUCCAGUGUGAAUAAACAAUUGCAGAAAUGAAGGUCAAUUUGACUUGUUUUUCCCUUUUUUAAUAAAAGAGCAAUGGAGAUAAA